AUGAAGCAGAAGGGGCGGGCCGAGAGCGCGGAGGAAGAGCCUUGCAGUAUCGUGGGUAAAUGGAGGUUCACGUGCGUAAAAGCCAAGUGUAUGAUGCUAGCCCUGUUUAUUCUCUCCUUGGUGUCGGUGUGGGCCUUUGCCUCAUUGGUGGCCGCUUUUCCCAGGGCGUUUCCAACCGGACCACUCUCCUCGGGGCAAAUCAUGGCAUUUAUCUUCAUCAUCUUUAUUACUGCAUGGGCCGCCGUGGAUAGGCUCAUUGUACUGAUCAAUCCUUUGGCGGAACCGUACAUGACUGCCCGGUCUCGUAUGCAACUUCGAGGCGGAGCUGAAAUCAGCGGGUAUUUUGUAUUCAUGUUUGUGUGUGAUCGCACCACACUGUUGCCGAGGUGUGAAAAGGCGUACGAUGCGGAUUUUUUCUGGUUUAUCUCUAUUACACUCUUGGGUGCCUCACUGCUGACGCUCAAACGCGCCAAGCCUCCUUCUGUAGUCGUUAAUGGCGAAUGCGAGUCGCCUGUGAAGUGCUUUCAUGUGCCUCCCCUGUCACGCCCCCAGACUGAGGAAUGGAAGGGAUGGAUGCAAGUACUCUUCCUCUGGUACCACUACUUUCACAACGUCAGUAUUUAUAACUGUAUUCGACUUUUUAUUGCGGCAUAUGUGUGGAUGACAGGUUUUGGGAACUUUUCCUACUAUUACGUACGAAAUGACUUUUCGUUGGAACGGUUCUGUGACAUGCAAUGGAGGCUCAAUUUUCUCGUAACCGCCGUAUGUUUUACCUUGGGAAAUCAAUACAUGCUCUAUUACAUCUGUCCUCUUCACACCUUGUUUACCUUGUUCGUAUAUGCAAGCCUGUACUUUUUUCAGGGCCUGAACAGUACAAAUAAAGGCCUGUGUGUGAAGGUGGUCGUGUUGUUCUUUUUGUCAUUUUUGAUGUGGGAUAUCUCAAGGGACGUUUUUUACGUGAUUUGGAGCCCAUUCACCUGGCUGGUUGGCUUUGAUAACCCCUAUCGUCCUGAACAGCAUCCCUUGUGGGAAUGGUUUUUUCGCACGUCCCUGGAUCACUACGUUUGGAUCUAUGGGAUGAUCUGCGCCUACUUCCACCCACGCUUCGACAGUUGCCUGAAGCGGUUGGACGAACUACCUAGACAUACCAGUUGGUCAGUGAAGUUUAUCCUGACUCUUCUUGCCCUGACGGUGGGGGCUGCCUAUGUGAAGGUGGUUUAUCUUGCUCCAAAAUUGGAGUACAAUAGAGUUCAUCCCUACACUUCCUUUAUCCCCAUUACGAUUUACAUUGUUUUGAGAAACCUUUUCCAACGUGCGCGUAUGCAUCAUAUUGGGUUGUUUGCGGCUCUGGGAAAGGUGACCUUGGAGUCGUACAUUGCGCAGUACCAUAUUUGGAUGGCCACCACGGGGUUGAAUGGGAGUCCGAAGAAGCUGAUUCGGGUGGUGCCGGGGGGAUAUCCCUGGGUCAACUUUGCCUUGGUGUCUGCUCUCUUUGCAGCCGUCACGUUUCGGCUCUUCGCCACCACCACCCUUACGCGAAGCUUCCUGCUCCCGCCAAAGGCGGGCUCCUCAGUGCUUGGGGUGAACCUCUUAACGGCAAGUGUCUUAAUUUUCUUGGUUUUUAUCGUUUCCUGCUGCAUCAGAAAUCUCGUAGUGAAGUAA